AUGAUAGAAAAAGAGCCAGAACCUGUUAUACCUUCUACAGAGAAAUUUGCACAUCUUUUUCCACCUUCUGUAGAUAUGCCAACACCUCCUGCUGCUUCUUCUAUUAUCACCUGUAAUGCAGCCAUUGAUUAUGUCAUCCUAUUUCGUUUCCCUACCAAAGUAUCCCCUCAAAACAACAAAGACAUUGCCACCAAAGCUGAUUUACAAACACACGUCAUUGGGGCGCUUGAGAACUUGAUAUCUCGAUUAACCAAAGUCGGGUUGCGUUUUCAAGUGCGUCCUGGAAAACAGGAAGGGUUGCUCUUGAUCCUCGUGAGUAGUCCAGUAGAACCUAUCAAGAAAGAAUACCGACAAGAAAGAGUACGCGAUUUUCUAUUGGGUGUACGAGUAGACGAAAUAGGCGAUGACACUACAGAUCAUGUCGAUCAAGCAUUUCGUGAACUAACCGAGGCUGAACGUUUACGUCUUGUAUAUGACAUAUUGACACAACCAGAAUCAGAAGGCGGUUGUGGUAUUUCUUCUCAAGUGGACGAAUAUGUGGAGAGUAUCAUGCCAUUGCAUCAUGAUGAAUUCAACAAGACAUGGUACAAGUCAUGGUCCACAAAAUGGCUAAUUGACGAUACUGAACUGCUCAAGAUCCGUGAUCAUUUUGGUGAAAAAAUUGCUUAUUAUUUUGCUUUUCUCCAAACCUACUUUUUAUGGUUAAGCGCUCCCAGCGUCCUUGGUGUUUUGGUUUACUUGACACAUUCGAACACAUUAGCCAUCUGGUUCUCAUUGUCCAUGCUUAUAUGGGCUAUUUUGUUUAUCGAGAUGUGGAAGCGAAAAGAAUCCACCUUGGCUAUUCAAUGGGGCGUCCGAAACUUUUCAAAGCACGAAAAACGACGUGCCGAAUUCAAAGGUGAAAAAAUGGUCAAGGAUCAUGUCACAGGUGAAGACACACCUGUUGUAUCUACUUGGAAGCUGUUAGGCAGACGAUUAUCUUCUUUACCCGGUGUGGCUGUAGGAGCACUGUUUUUGACUGUCAUUGUUGGUUUCGUGUUUGUCCUUCAGUUGUUUUUGCAUGAGUAUUAUAAUGGUCCCUUCCGUCGCUUUUUGCAUUAUGCUCCUACCGUAGGCUAUGUGUUAUUUAUUCCUACCAUGACCAAGAUUUACAGUCAAUGGAUCAAAAUGCUCACUAACUGGGAAAUGCACAAGACAGAUGCUUCUUGGGAAUACAGCUACACACAAAAGAUUUUUGUCGCCAACUUUUUAGUAGGCUAUCUUUCAUUGUUUAUUACUGCUUGGAUUUACAUUCCUUUUGGAGAUCAAGUCUUGCCUUAUCUUGCUGAAUUCAACAUCAGUCAUGAACACAAGACAGUGGAUUUUCAACGAUUACGAGACCAACUUGUGUACUUUAUUGUGACAGGUCAAUUGGUGGGCUUCUUGACAGAAAUGGUUGUUCCUUAUGCACUCAAGCGAUUGAUGCCCAAAGCGAAAAAGAUCACUUCCACCAUUAGCAAAAAAAAGCAAGAACACCAUACUGCAGACUUGAGCCUCAAUGCUGUACAAGAUGAAGAAGAAAAGAAAUUGAUGAACAAGAUUUACAAAGAAGUCGAUAGGGAAGAAUACAACAUUUAUACGGAUUAUGUAGAAAUGGUUGUUCAGUUUGGCUAUGUCAGCAUGUUCUCGACCGUCUGGCCCUUGACUGCUCUUUGUUCCAUGAUCAAUAACUGGGUUGAAUUACGUGGUGAUGCGAUCAAGCUCUGUAAAUAUACCAGACGUCCUGUUCCUCAUCGAGCAGAAAGCAUUGGUCCUUGGAUAGGCAAUAUGGAGGCUUUGGUAUGGUUGUCCUCUAUCACGAUGGGAUCCUUUGCCUAUCUCUUCCAUCCUUCCACCAACAUCCAUUCUCCUUACACGCCCGUCUUUAGUUUACUCGCCAUCCUGUUAUCUGAACAUAUCUUUGUCGCCUUAAGAGCAGGUAUCCGUCAAGCCCUUUCUAUGGUACCCAGUGGAUCCGAAUGGCUUAUUCGCAAAGAAGAAUACAAACUCAAAAAAGCGUGGUUAGAGCGUAUGAUCGGUAACCACCAUCAAUUUAUCUCUCGUCGCGAUACACACCCUGAUGAUGCUGAUCUCACAGAACCCUUGAGUGCCAAAGUCUGGAGUCAUCAUUUAGACCGACAGGCAGAAGCAACACAAGCCAACGAUGCCUUUUUUGACGAUGACUAUGAUGAGGCGCUCUAUCUUUUUUCAGAGCUUGUUUGUCUAGAACCUGAGAAUGCCGAAUUUGUCUUGAGACGGUGUCAAGUAUAUCAAAAACUCAACAAGUUGGAUUUGGCUUUACAAGACGGAGAAAAAGCCUUGACGUUGUUGACGCAAGGUUCUCGUACUUUAUUAGCUAGAGCACACUUACAGCUUGGUAUUACUUUACAUCGUUUAGAUCGAUUCAAUGAAGCUCAAACACACCUUGAACAAUCAAAAGAACUGAAUCCUAACGAAAAGACAUUGGUCACCUGGUUAAGAAAGAACACAGAUAAAUUACCUAAACAGCCUGUAUCAUCAACACCUACUAAAGCAAGAUAUGAAUGGUUCCAAAACGAUACAUUUGUUACGAUUGAAAUCUUUAUCAAGAAAGUAAAGCCUGAUACAGUGGAUAUCAAGUUCUUUGAAGACGCUUUGUCUUUGACGGUUCCUUUAGAAAGUGGAUCUGAUUAUUCACUUGAAUUGGAGCCUCUUGCUCAUAAGAUUUCACCUCAAGAAUCAACCUACCACAUUCUUUCCACUAAGAUUGAAAUCAAGUUAAAGAAACAAACACUGGGUUUGAUGUGGGGUGCGUUAGAAGGUGAAAAUGAUCAAGGCACCAUGAUGUCGACUGCUACAACAACAAAUAAAAAGACAAAGGAUUGGAACAAAUUAGUGCAAGAAGUAGAUGAAGAUAAACCUGAAGGAGAACAAGCAUUGAAUGCUUUAUUUCAACAAAUCUACAGAGACGCUGAUCCAGACACAAAGCGUGCUAUGAUGAAGAGUUUUACUGAAAGUAAUGGUACUUGUCUCUCUACCAACUGGACUGAAGUAGGCUCUAAAAAGACUGAAGUUAAACCACCUGAAGGCAUGAUUGCUAAAAAGGUAAGACAAUGGUAUAUCUUUUAUAUUCACUAACAACAACGUCUAUAGUAUGAGUAAAUCAUAUGUGUCUGUCUGUGUACGUGGGGAAACAACACUGAAUUUUACACACACACACACACACAUAUAGGCAUAAAAUAAAGUUUACUCGGUUUUCUCUUUUUCUCUUUUUCUUAC